AUGACUGGCCUAAGUAGCACCGACGCCCUGCAUACAAGCAGAAAAGAAGCCCUAGCACACGCAGAAAUUAUCGACAGUCGUCCUACAGACCGUGACGACACCGUCCCACUUAAUGUGAUCAAGCCCGCAACAUCGCGCGUAUACGCGAAGAGCGGACAUCAGAGGAAACGAUCAAAGCUUGCAGACCACGAGCAGAUAGCGGAUAUUGUGCUUGCACAAACGCCAAGUCAGGCAGCAGGACAUGUGGAACAGUACCACUCACGGCCGAUUAGGGUAUCAUCUUCCUUAGGAACAAAAGAUGGUGCCAUUUCGGGCUAUCCCCCAAUUAGGUCGAAACCUUCGAUCCAGAAUGAGAGGCUAGUAAUCAAGACUCGGAAAACAAAACGUGAGUAUAACAGAGGGCCCAAGAAAAGGUGGACAGACCAAGAGACGAAUGACCUGAAAGCGGGUGUGGCAUUAUGUGGCGUUGGAAAUUGGAAAAAGAUUCUUGAUCAUCCAAGAUUUCACUUUGGCGAAGGGAGAACCUAUGUCGACCUGAAGGACAAGUUUCGCACUCUAUUUCCUCCUGAUAAACCCGAGAGGUGGGCUCAAGCUGCGAAAGAGACACUCACAGAGCGACCGGAUGACAACAGUACACACGACCGGCUAAUAUAUAGACUCUGGACCGACGAGGAAGACGCUAGGCUAGAUCUUGGUUUCGAAGUGUACGGUUUCCAGUGGCAGCUCAUUGUACAGGAUGAGUCAUUACGACUCAGCCAAUAUAGACCAGAUCAAGUAAGAGAUAGGUUUCGUCGGAGGCACCCUGAUGAAUAUGACAAGCCAAGUCGUGUUUCAAAGCUGAUGAUGCCCAAAAAAAGGCAGGGCCGACCGCGCAAGGACCAAAGGCAAGGUGGAGAAGGUGACACUGACACCGUCAUGCUCGAAAAGGAUCAAUCGCAUCCCCGGCAUUUUAGUGAAGGAAAGGGGCUCCCGUCGAUAUCAAUUCAGGAAGACGAUGCUCAGGGUACUGCCGGAUUACCCCCAUUAGAUUGGGACAAUAUGGCAGUUCGACCUAUUUUUGACCUGUGA